GUGCAACCACCGCUGUUGUCAUGACACGCGACGGCCAGAGGAGGCGCUAGACGCUGCUGCAGUGACAACCGUGUUGCCAGUCGAGCUCAGAGAAAGCGCUGGGAAACAGGGGCUGCACAAUUACCUACAGUACAAACAAGGGGAGGCGGCAAACAAGCAAAACACAGCAGGUUUUGUUCCGAGGAGCCCCUGAGUCGCAUUUAGCUGUCUUGACAAAUCGGAGGAAUCUAGAGAAAACGCCGUUUUACAAGGUGGACAGUCCGCUGCCUGGUUGCUCGUGGUAAGUCUCCGCCAUGCCUUUCCCCUUUGGCAAGUCCCACAAGUCGCCGGCGGACAUCGUCAAGAACCUUAAGGACAGCAUGUCGGUGCUUGAGAAGCAUGACAUUUCUGACAAAAAGGCAGAAAAGGCCACAGAGGAGGUGUCAAAAAGCCUGGUGUCCAUGAAGGAGAUCCUGUAUGGGACUAAUGAGAAAGAACCCCAAACCGAAGCAGUGGCCCAGCUCGCCCAGGAGCUCUACAACAGCGGCUUGCUCAGCACCCUAAUAGCGGACCUGCAGCUUAUCGAGUUUGAGGGAAAGAAAGAUGUGGCUCAGAUCUUCAACAACAUCCUGAGGCGUCAGAUUGGCACUCGGACACCCACGGUGGAGUACCUUUGCACCCAGCAGAAUAUCCUCUUCAUGUUGCUUAAAGGGUAUGAGUCUCCAGAGAUCGCCCUAAACUGCGGCAUCAUGUUGAGGGAGUGCAUCAGACAUGAACCGCUGGCCAAAAUCACACUGUGGUCAGAGCAGUUUUACGACUUCUUCAGAUAUGUGGAGAUGUCCACUUUCGACAUCGCCUCAGACGCAUUCGCCACUUUCAAAGACCUCCUCACAAGACACAAGCUACUGAGUGCAGAGUUUCUGGAGCAACAUUAUGACAGAUUCUUCAGUGAAUAUGAGAAGUUACUCCACUCUGAAAACUACGUGACUAAAAGGCAGUCCCUCAAGUUACUCGGGGAGUUGCUUCUUGACCGGCACAAUUUCACCAUAAUGACGAAAUACAUCAGCAGGCCAGAGAAUCUCAAAUUAAUGAUGAACCUGCUACGGGACAAGAGCCGCAACAUCCAGUUUGAGGCUUUCCAUGUUUUUAAGGUGUUUGUGGCCAACCCCAACAAGACGCAGCCCAUCCUGGACAUCCUGCUGAAGAACCAAACCAAACUCAUCGAGUUUCUCAGCAAGUUCCAGAACGACAGAACAGAGGAUGAACAGUUCAAUGAUGAAAAGACUUACCUGGUCAAACAGAUCAGGGACCUCAAGAGGCCUGCCCCCCAGGAGGCCUGAGGAAGGCUGCAGAGGUGGGAGAGGAGCCACCAGGACCAUGUCUGGUCAACAUCCAGACAGGCUGCUUAACGGACCCUGCAGCAGCUGCUGUUCUGGCUUCUGAACAGAAAUUGCGGAAACAAAUGGAAAAAACCGACCUCCCCAGAUCAACUCAUCAGGAAGUGGCCCGCUCCUCCGCUCCUCAGUGAACGUUUCAUUACUUUCAUUUCAGUCUUUUUCCUUUAAAAAGAAAUAAGAGAAAAUAAUAGGUGCUGCUGCUUUCUUGCACAAUGAGACAAGUUAUAUUAUAAUGACACAACAAGUCCAUCAACACACACACACACACACACACACACACAGCAGAACAAAAGUUUACACGCAUAUAUGUAUUACAUUAAAAAAACAAACAUGCAUACACACAUACUGCAAGAAUAUCGGCUAAAACUUUGUGAUGGAAAGGUACGAGUUGAACAUUGGUGUGUUGGUUGCAUGCCUUGAUAUGUGACAGAUCCACGGCUGUACGCAGCGUCGGCGCCGUGAUGGCCUGCCCGGUCUCGCUCACAUGUUCUGUGCCACAGACUCUGAAUUGCACGUGCAUCACAGCAACAGCUACAGUUCGUAUCUAUGCCUUCAUCCAAUAAAGCAACAGUGGUUCAUUUUAGCGUUUCAUGGGGACAAACUGUCAGAUGCCGUCACAGAACCAGUUACCUCCUGUGUGCUUUGCUGCGACAGCACCUGAAGCACAUGAGGGAAGGAGGCAGGGAUGUAAAGGUGUGGAUUCAGUAAAGCCCGAGAGUUGGGUCUCUUUAUUGUUUUCUGGGACAGGGUGAACUUGUACAUAUGCCUUUUCUUUUUGCUUUGUAGUUUUUUUUGUUUAACCAUGACAUAUGAAUAUAUAUUAUAUAUAUAUUACCUUAAACAUCAUGUUUUUGGUUAAUUGUAAUCAAAGUACUUUCUAAACCAUAAAAAAAAAAAAGACAAACAAGUUAAGUGACAUUGUUUUUGCAUUUCAUUUUACUGCUGAAAUGGUUGCUGUUGGGUUUAUUUGUACAUAACUUAAAGGGCCAGCUCACAUUUAGCUAACCUAUAGGAUAUUUACAAUUUGUACAGCGGAGGAAUGUCAUGGUGUUAGCUCUGGAUCUGUUCAUCUUUUUAUUCUCCCAUCUACAUUUUGAGUGUGUCUCAAAUUGCUGAAAAUGUGCAGGAGGGGAGUGGGAGAGCAUCAACUGAAACAUUAAAGCCUGUGUGUUUGUGCACUUUGUGAGGUGCUGAGCGAUCAACAUCACCUAACUGGAGUCGAGGAUAGCGGGGAUUCCCUCCCCCAUCUCAAUUUCAUUAGCUUGUUAUUUCUCAUCCUCGCCGCUCUGCUUGUGGCCUGGGAGUGCUGUGUGGCCCCACAGUGAGUGUGCUUCAGGGGUGAGCUCAUCAGGAUGUUGGCAAAGCAGCGCACCAUUCUUACUUUCCCCUCUUAUGUUUGAGCAUUUCUUUUCAGAAGGUUUAUAAUUCCAGUACAAUUGUUAGUGUAAAGCAUUGUGGGUAGCGGAGUACUUUGGGCAUGUUGGAUUGUCCUCAUGGUGCUGAGCAAAAUUGAUGCAACCUCAGUUUUAUCAACAGUGAACGACAUGGUCCGUGUAAUGAGACUCAGACCCAUCUCAGUGCAGACAACAGCGAUAGCAGACGGUCCCUCCAUUCGCAUUGAACGUGCAUGUUCCUCCACUGGCUGUGCAUGAUGCUGUACUAAAGAUGUUGUACUGGAAUUGUUUCUUUUUUUCCAAGUAUUUAACAACAUUGAAAUGUCAUCUUGAACUCUUGGCUGUAUGCUGACUGACUCCAGUUUCAGCAGAGAGCGUGUGGGUGCUUGCAGAAGUGUCAAAGGCCUGGGCCCUACAAUCGAAAUAAAGGAGACAAAAACAUUUGGAAUAAAAUAACGCUGUGGUCAUUUCC